AUGAGGUCCAGGGCGUGUCGGAUCUGCUUUGUGUCACUCGUUUCGCGAGAUGACUCGCCCCUUUAUAUCCAGGCAUUUGACUUACCCAAAAACGUAACUGGUGAAGACACUGUCAAUGCCAAUCGGUUUCUCAAGUAUAAUUUUCUUUCACACAUGGCGCUUGAUAUUUUUGCCUCGCCGAUGACAUUAUCGUUGCACGAGCAGCAGCAGCAGGAGCAACGGCUGGCAGAACUUGAUUUGGGUGGUGCUACUCUUCUUUUUGUUCAAGAUGAUGUCACAGUAUAUGGUAAUGAAACCAGCACUGGUCUCAAAAUAAUAGUAGGAACAACUACAGAAACUGUUGAGGAGGAGGGUGAGACGGUAAAACAGAGUUUUAAUGACCUUUUUUUUCUCGCAUUUUACGAUGUUAUCUUCGCAUAG